GCCUACUAGCAGAUGGAAAAGCAUGGCACUAGUUUGAUGGCUGUGUCUGCUUCCCCAGAGGCAAGAAACUGCCUCCUGAGAAGGCGACGGUGCUAUGCAUGUUAUGAACUGUGUCUCCUUGGUCAGCGAUAAAGGCAAUGGGAACACCGCCAUGGCAGCCGGCUUCAUGACUGCGCAGGCACCGCCCCCGCCGCCUCCCCCGCCACCGCCGCUCGGUCCCUACUCGGGGGAGGGGCUUGCCCCCUCCCCGCCCCCUCCCCCUCCGCUGCCAGGGGCACCUCCGGGGCCCCCACCUCCUCCGGGACUACCCCCAAACUCUCACCUGAACGGCUACAGCCAGCUUGGUAAGAAAAAGCGGAUGAGAAGCUUUUAUUGGAAAACCAUUCCAGAAGAGCAAGUUCGGGGCAAAACCAACAUCUGGACCUUGGCAGCCAGCCAGCAGCAUCGCUACCAGAUCGACACCAAGACCGUGGAGGAGCUGUUUGGGCAGCAGGAAGAUGCCACCAUGGCUCCCCCUUCCAGGAGGGGAGGCUCUUUACACUCGUCCUUCAGGGAGGCCAGAGAAGAGAUUACUCUCUUGGAUGCAAAACGGAGCAUGAACAUUGGGAUAUUUCUUAAGCAGUUUAAGAAGUCUCCUCCAUCUAUCGUGGAAGAUAUCCAUCAAGGAAAGAGUGAACACUAUGGAUCAGAGACAUUGCGAGAAUUUCUUAAGCUUUUGCCAGAGUCAGAGGAGAUAAAGAAACUAAAGGCGUUCAGUGGAGACGUGGCCAAGCUGUCCCUGGCAGACUCCUUUCUGCACUGCUUAAUCCAGGUGCCAAACUAUUCCCUGCGGAUUGAAGCCAUGGUGCUAAAGAAGGAAUUUUUGCCUUCUUGUUCUUCUCUAUACACAGAUAUGACGAUUCUAAGGAACGCUACAAAAGAGCUGAUGUCGUGUGAGGAAUUACAUUCCAUAUUACACUUGGUGCUACAAGCAGGGAAUAUCAUGAAUGCAGGAGGGUAUGCUGGCAAUGCGGUAGGAUUUAAACUGUCUUCUUUGCUCAAAUUGGCAGACACAAAAGCAAACAAACCUGGGAUGAAUCUCCUGCACUUUGUUGCACAGGAAGCCCAAAAGAAAGAUGUUGUGCUUCUAAAUUUUUCUGAAAAAUUGCUUCAUGUUCAGGAGGCUGCCAGAUUAUCUCUGGAUAACACGGAGGCGGAGCUGCACUCGCUCUUUGUCAGGACGAAGUCUCUCAAGGAGAACAUCCAGCGGGAUCGAGAGCUGUGUCAGCAGAUGGAAGAUUUCCUUCAGUUUGCCCUUGAAAAGCUGGCAGAGCUGGAGCGAUGGAAGCGAGAGCUCCAGGACGAGGCCCACACCCUCAUCGACUUCUUUUGUGAAGACAAGGACACCGUGAAGCUGGACGAGUGCCUGCAGAUAUUCAGAGACUUCUGCAUCAGAUUCAACAAAGCAGUGAAGGACAACCACGAACGCCAGGUGCAGGAGCUGAGGCAGCUGCGGCGGCUCAAGGAGCUGGAGCAGAAGCGGCGAUCCUGGACGGCGGGGGAGUUUGGAUUCGGCCGGAGCAGCAGCGAGAACGACGUGGAGCUGCUGACCAAGAGGGGCGCGGAGGACCUGCCCCCUUUUCUCUGCUGCAGGCCCGCCAGCCCCUCCUACCGGCCCCCCACCACCCGCCGCUCCCGCCUCUCCCUGGACACCAUGGCCGACCGGGAGCUGCUUAGCUUCCUGGAGAGAUCCACAGGCAGCCCCGAGGAACUCAAGCCCAGCAACUCAUCCCAGGGCUGCCUCUGGCAGGUCCCACCUGAUGGAGCCUGCAGAGAGCCUGGAGAACCGAGGGGCCAGGACUCCAGCCUAGCGCACAGACCUCGGGCCUUGGAGGGCCAGGAGGAAGCCCCCCACCCCGCCACAGCUUGGGCUAGCUGGCUCCCUGCAGCCCACCUCGAGGAUCCCGCCUGCACUUUACGCCACCCUAGGCGCAGUGGGGUCAGCACCCUCCGAAAAAGGAACAGCGCACCGGUGGGCCUGGACCCUGUGCGGUCCUCGCCCCCACUCUCACCGUUGGCUCUAGGGAUUAGGGAGCAUGAGCUGGUGACCGGGCUGGCCCAGUUCGACCUCCAGGCUCCCAAGGACCCGGAGGAGCCGGCCCAGCUGACCGGGAAUGACUGCAGCCCAAUGGAGCUGGUGUCCGUGGGGGAUGCGAGCCCACAGUCCCUGGGCGCCCCCAAAAGCAGCCCGACGACGCCCGUGGGCAGAGGUGCGGGAGUGGCUCCCAGCCCCGUCCCCCGGGAUGGCGAGGCUGCCCCUUAUGAGCCCAGAAGCGCAGCUCAGCUCUCUGAGGGGAGCAGUGACCCCGGGAGCCAAGACCCUGGGCCUCUGUUCUGCAUCUCGGACACCAGCGACUGCUCGCUGACCCUGGACUGCUCUGAGGGAGCCAACUCCAGACCCUUAGAGGGGGACCCGGGCCAGGCGGGCGAUGGGGAGGGCUCCGCGUCCCCCGGGGCCUGGGAGAUGGGCGGCAGUCAGGCCGCCUCCAAGCCCAUCUGCAGCCCGACUGCGGGGGCUCCCGCUGCUGCCUCCACCUCCGGCUCCGUCUCAGGGAAGAGCGAGCCGGAGAGCUGCAAAGGCGGCCCGCCCAGGGACAGGCCGGCCAGAGGGAGGGAGGCGACGGCCCUCAGGAGGAGCUCCCCCAGAGAGGCUCCAACGUUGGCGGCGCCGCUCCGGGCCGGGGCCGCCCGGCGGAGCGCGGGGCCGGCGGGGCCGGGGCGGCCGGCGGGGCCGGGGCGGCCGGCGGGGCCGGGGCGGCCGGCGGGGCCGGGGCGGCCGGCGGGGCCGGGGCGGCCGGCGGGGACGCUGACCGGCUGCGAGGACGAGAGCAUGCGCAGGGUCGUGCCCAUCUCGCGCGCCGGCCGCGCGCCCCCGGCAGCCAAGGGCAGCAGCCCCCGCGAGGCCCCCGGCGGGCCCGGCCCGCCGCCGCCGCCGCCGCCGGCGCGCCGCAGCUCCACGCGGGGGACCGCGGACGCGUCGCCUGCGAGGCCCGCGGCGGCCCGGCCCGGGAGGGAGCCGCCCUCCCCGCUGCGGAGCUCCUUCCGGAAGCCCAGCGCCAAGCCCGUGCGCAACGUGCCGCGGCCCAAGCCCGAGGAGGACAAGGCGUGCCGCGCGGGCGCCCAGGGCCCCGACGGCCCCGGAGAGCCGCCCCGCGCCGCGCCGGCCGCCAGCGUGCCCCGGGGCCCGGCCCCGGUCCCCAGCUUCGCGCGCGACACGCUCGCCUCCUCGUCUCGAAGCCAGAGGCCGGACUCCCCCGCCGCGGCCAGAGCCCCCGGCCUCACCCGGACCAUGUCGCAGCGGCAGCUGCGAGCGAGGGGCGGCCCCGAGGGCGCCGCCCCCAAGGACAGCGGCGCCCUCCGGCGGGCCGGCAGCGCCCGCACCCUGCGGAAGGGGUCCGAGGCGGCCGAGGGCCCCGGGGCCGGCGCCGAGAGCCCGCCGGAGGGCCGGCUGAAGGGGGCCGGCCGCGCGGCGCUGGGGCGGGGGCUUCAGCCCUCACGUCAGUGA